UCAGGAUGGGGCGUUAACCUCCGCCGCUGGAAACCGCUGUGCUAUGUGAAGGUCACACAGAGAUUAAACACAGCUUGGUAAACCUGGGGAUCACAUGCAUAUUCUGGGCGACUUCCACCCACACUUCGUUCACCUCUGACAGCCACCCGAUCCGUGUCUGGCCGCCCGCCUGUGUUACUGAAUAUACUGCGGAGCUAAAUGCUGACACAUUAAACCAUGUCUCAAACACACUUAGUGGAUACUCCGGACGACGGCGGUGACACACUCACCUCGGUAAACGACAACGGCUUCCUUAUGCCCGACAUCCCCGGCGGACCAGGCAUCCAGGGUGUUCGUUCUGUAAAAAUACGCGACGAUGACAUCAUUCUCUGCGCGUUUCCUAAAUCAGGAACCCACUGGGUGUUUGAAAUAACACGAGAACUCCUCACAGGGGAGAUAAUUGAAGAUGACGUCACGAUGAGCCAGACUUUCAUGGAAUUUGGUCCAGAGGAGAGGUAUGCCGACCUCCAGUCUCCCAGGAUCCUCAACUCCCAUUUGCUGAUGAAGCAUCUGCCAGAAGAUGUUAUCAACAAGAAAAUAAAAGUCAUUACCAUUCUACGAAAUCCAAAGGACGUAGCUGUUUCCUUCUAUAAUUUCUUGAAAACGGUUCCAUUUGCCAAAUACAAAGGGGAGUGGAAGAACUUUUUGCGACCCUUGUUUCAGGGAAAGUUUAUGUAUGAAUCAUGGAUGGACUAUGUUAUUGACUGGGAGCAAGUGAAGAAGACCAAUCCUGAUCUGCCUGUGUUGACUCUCUUCUAUGAGGACAUUAAGCAGGAUCAGAUGCGGGAGAUGAGGAGGAUAUGUGAGUUCCUGGGUGUUGAGAGAACGGAUGAGUUCCUGUCUAAAGUCUGUGACAACACAACACUGACGGCCAUGAGGACCCACAAGAACAGGGAAAAUAAUCGAAGCAGCGUUUUUAGAAAAGGCGGAGUAGGCGACUGGAAGAACUGGUUCACUGUGGCCCAGAAUGAGUGGUUUGAUCAGCUCUACCAGGAGAAGAUGGCCGGCUGUCACCUUCAGUUCAAAUUCACACUGUGAUUUGACAGUGUACGUUGGUCGAAUCCACGGUCAUAGGUUUAAAGAACGCCUUACAAACAGUCCUCAGUGAAUUGUGGCGCCUUACACGACUGUGCCACCAGUGCUGGAGGAGGAACUGGCAUUAUAUUAACUCUGCGAGAUAACCAAUAUUUAAGGAUUGACUGAGGUAUGAAUCGAAAAACCGAUGUGCAAACUGUAUGAAUCCGCGUAGUCCAGCAAAGUAACGGCGGACACUACUUCGAGAGAGUGACAGAAUGUUAUUUAGGCCUCAGUUAGCAAUAUACCAGACAUAUAUAUAGCAGACGGAUGGCUGCAAAUAGUGAGGUGAGGUGAGGUGAGGUGAGGUGGGGUGAAAUGGGGUUUAACGUCGCGUCCAAUAUUAUUGCACGUGCAUGUACGUGUGUGUGUGUGUGUGUGUGUGUUUGCCACAAAUAAAGGCGUCUGUCAUAAGUUUUAUUAAAAGUUUGAUCUUUUAUUAGGAAUUAUAAUUUUAAGAAAUGUCUUUCUUUUAACACAACAUAUCUCAGAUCGCUUAAAAGUACUUUUUAUAAAGUUUACCGUAAAUUGUAUUUGAUGUUUUUGUUACGGUUUUUAAUAUAAAUCAUAAAUUCAUUACUAAAAGUACUUUCAAAUUCAGAAGAAAGAAAAAAAUGGCAAAUUUUUAAUAUGUUUUAAUUUUAUAGCAAUAUCUUUUAGUUAAGCUCAGAUAUUUUUCAAGUAGAACUCGAUCCCCAGCAUUCAAAACAAUAGUGCAUUAGUAUAAUUGCCAAAAGCCCAUUUUAACAAAAUAACAGUACAUUUUGAAUAUGUAAAUAUGAAUAAGAAAUGCAAAAUGUAAAGACAUGGGAGUAGUGAGUAUCCAGUUGAAUAUCUAUAAUACCGUUUUUAUUGCUAACGUAUGAUAUUUACGAUACGGAAACACGUGCAGCUAAUAAUCUCUAUAUAUUUUCGUCUGCAGCUUAUUCCAAAAGAACGUCCUUUAGUUGAAGAUCCGGGAUAGAGUAGGUCUUCAGCAACCCAUGCUUGCCGUAAAAGGUGACUAUGCUUGUCGUGAGAGGCGACUACCGGGAUCGGGUGGUCAGGCUCUCUAA